AUUGAAUUAAAAGUGAAAAUUUUGGGAGGGAGCAAAUAAAUGUACAAACCAAAUCGAGCCGUCUCGGUCAGAAUUGAAUUGAACUGAAUGAGAAAGAAAGCCCGGCACUUUCUCAAAACUCUUCAAAGCAGAACCUCACUCCUUCUUCACCGCCAAAUCCAUAUGGAUUCUUCGCCAACGGAGCGUUACUGUUACAAGCCAAUUCUGAAAUGGAAUCCUCAGGUGGAGGAGUACUUCAUCCAAGCUUACGGCGAACAGCAUUUCUCCCGCAUUUCGGAUGCCCUCACACGUCCAUCAUGUUACUCUUGUAUACGUGUGAAUACGCUGAAAUCAACAAGUAGCCUGGUCAUUGAGAAACUUAUUGCAAUUCUACAAGAAAGAGGCUUGCAAAAAGGUAUGGCCGGAGGAUCAAAUAAUCUGCAGAGUGAAGAAGAACUCGUAAAAGAAUCUGUGGAUGUCUGCAAUGGCUCUGAGCCUCCAAGGAUAUUUCUAGAGACUGAUUAUGUUUCAAAGUGUCAGAUACCUGGACUGGAUAAUGUGGUUUUGGUUAAAGGUUCUGGACCACAUGCUGUGAAUUAUGAGUGUAAGGGAGGAAAAUCUCCCAAGGAGGUUAUUGUUAGUCGGAAAUGCGCUGAGGCUGUUCUUCGCGGUGCUCAGGUGUAUGUACCUGGUGUGUUGGCGUGCAGUGCCCAUGUAGAGAAAGGUGAUUCAGUUGCAGUUUCGGUUGCUGUGGAGCAGCCACUUACUGAUGGUGGAUGGGGGGCUAAUAUAACACGUGGCACUGUUUUACAAGGAUCAGAAUCAGAAUUACUUGAAGGAGAAAUUUUUCUUCAGAAUCUGCCAAGCAUUGUUGCUGCACGCGUAUUAGAUCCACAGCCGGGUGAGAGAAUAUUAGACAUGUGUGCAGCACCAGGAGGCAAAACAACCGCUAUUGCGAUUCUCAUGAAGGAUGAAGGAGAGGUUAUUGCAACUGAUAGAUCACACAAUAAGGUACAUGAUAUUAAUAAGUUGGCAGCUGAGAUGGGCUUGACAUGUAUCAAAUCAUUUAAGCUUGAUGCACUAAAAGCUGUCUAUCGAAGGAAGGAAUCUGAUACUUCACAAAUAUUGGAUAACGUCGGAUCUGCAAAUGGUACACCAGCACCACAAACGGAAGCAUUUUCAAAUGCCGCUUCAGACAAUUUAAAUUCCGAGUUGACAUCCCAAUGCCAUUAUGAUAGUGUUGUACAACUUAAUGGUAGCAGAACAGAGCUGAAAAAGAAUAUCAGGAAAAAGAAAAAUGGGCCUGGAAGGAAUCACACUUCUGGUGGCAGAGUAGAAAAGUCCCAGGGGUUUUUACUGAAUAGCUUUGAUCGGGUGCUUCUAGAUGCUCCCUGUUCUGCUCUUGGUCUUAGACCUCGGUUAUUUGCAGGAGAGGAAACUGUAGAAUCGUUAAGGAAUCAUGCCAAGUACCAGAGACGUAUGUUUGAUCAAGCUGUUCAAUUAGUUCGCCCUGGCGGAGUCAUUGUGUAUUCCACAUGUACCAUUAACCCUGGGGAAAAUGAAGGUCUGGUUCGAUAUGCUUUAGACACUUACAAGUUUCUGUCUCUGGCACCGCAGCAUCCAAAAGUUGGGGGCCCUGGCCUAGUUGGCAGCUGUCAAUUGUCGGAUGGAUAUUCUGAGCAAUGGUUGAAACUUGGUGAAGAAGAUCUUGUUCAAAGGUUUGAUCCAUCUUCCGCGGUUGAUACGAUUGGGUUUUUCAUAGCAAAGUUUACUGUUGGACCCAAAGAUGAUGUACCCUUGUGAUAUUAAACUGUGUUGCCAAACAUAGCGCAGUUUGUUGCUCUGGUCAUGGAGAACUGUAUUUCCAGAUUUGUCAAUGGACGAGACUCCAUGGCUUCGAUUGAUGAGAUUGUACCUGUUUGCCACCCAAACUGCAAUUGUUCUGGAAUUCUAGGGUACCGAAUCCCGAGCUAUCGAUACAGAGAAUUUCCAAGGCUGAAGAAGCCAAAGGCUAAUGAUAUUACUUAGUAUUGACAAAUCUCCAUCUUCGGGUGGUUGGUUUAUGUGUUUGCAAGAGCAAAUAGAAUUAAAAAAUAUUUUAGACAUUCAGAAAAUGUACAAUAGCCUUUCAAUCGAUUUUUUUUUUCUUUUCUUUUUUUUUUUUUUUUUUGUAAUUCAAAAACUUUCUACCAUAAUGAAGAAUCGUGAGAUAGUUGUUAGACAGGUUCUGAGUACCGCAGGUAUCGAUUUCAGGAUAGUAAUGAUUGCAUCAUCCACGAUGCUCCUAAAAUAGGAGAUGAUGAAUAUGGGGGAGCAUCAGGGUUGUACAAUUUACCAUCUAAUUUAUUUUUAUUCUUUUUCAAAAUUUA